UCAGAUCACUUGGUAAAUUAGUUUUGUUUUGAUUUCAAUAAAUUAAAUUUACGAAACUAUGUCGUUAUUACAGCAAAUUCCGUACCAAGAAUAUGCUAAAGUAAUCGGUGCACUAACGCUAGAGCAGUGUGAAGUAAUAGCCUCCUUAGCUAACUUAGAAGUAAGCUUUACGCAAUCCGCAUCACCUGGUGAAGUUAUAUUAAAAGCUUUAGACAGAAAUGGAUGUUCCUUACAAAAGUACAGACAACUACUCACGACCGCUCUCAACAGAAAAGUCAUCAAAACUUAUUACAAACCGGAAGCUAAAGUUGCUGUUCUAAUAGCCAACGACAAAUACCAGCAUUUGUCCAAGUUGAUCACUCCAUCCAUUGAUUGUGACUCACUAGCUAGUCAUUUUAAAGAUAUGGGUUUUAUUGUAGUAACUAUUCGGAACACUUUGAGCAAGGAUUUGAAACGGGUUCUGGCUGAACUAUUCGAUUUGAUACCAGAAAACAGUUAUUGCUUUAUUUUCUAUGCUGGCCAUGGCUGUGAACUUUGCAACACAAAAUGCAUGCUUGGUGUGGACUGUCCCCCUGAAGACAUCCAGUUGGGCCACUGUGUGACAGAGAACUUUGUGCUCCGAGAGGUCAACAAAUGUAAACCGGAGUUGAGCAUUAUGAUCAUGGAUAUGUGCAGGCUUAGUUUAAAUAGGAGUACAAACCCUGAAAUCUUCACUGCCAUAUCAGAUGUGGAAGAAUAUACCAUCCAUAAGAACUCCCUUAUUGCUUACUCCACUCAAUCAGCCCAUUCUGCAUAUGAAGUUUUACAGAUAGAAUGCUCUCAAAGCUUAGACAAUGUUACAUAUGAGUUGAAGCCAGGUGACACAGGGAAAAUAGUGCCACGAGGGAGCCAGUAUGUCAAUGCGUUGUGUGACAGACUAGCAGAUAGGUUGGAUGUGAGUGCCUUGUUGGAUAAAGUUCAUGAAGAAGUUGAAAUGUCUAUGAAGAAACAAAGACCUAUUAAACUUCAAUGUGGAGUUGUCAAAAGGUCGUUAUAUGAUCCUGUUGCAGGUAAGUUAUCUUCAGUGUAAAUUAAAAACAUAAUCUAUCCAAAACAAAUGUUGUUAUUUUUAUGAUACAGUAUGUUUUCAUUGCAGGUGAUAAUGCAGAAUUAAUCAAUAAACUUAAAGAACUCUGCAAGGCUUAUGAAGAACAUUGUACGCUUUUAUGAAGAAUAUUUUUAAGUUCUUGAAUCUUAGUAUAAGUAAAGAAGUACAUAAAUAAAUCA